AUUUCAAGAUGCCCAUCGAUCUUUACCAUACUGCUGUAAGUGGCCCGUGCCGAGCCGUGCGUUUGGUGGCGGCUGCCGUAGGAGUGGAUUUAAACUUGAAGAAUAUUGACCUUAGGGCCGGCGAACAUAUGACACCCGAAUUCCUCAAGAUAAAUCCACAACAUACGGUACCCACAUUAAAUGACAAUGGCUUUUAUUUAUGGGAAAGUCGUGCGAUUAUGACUUACCUUGUCAAUCAAUAUGGCAAAAAUGAUUCCCUCUAUCCAAAAGAUCCUAAGAAACGGGCCCUUGUUGAUCAAAGGCUCUAUUUUGAUAUGGGAACUCUAUAUCAAUCGCUUGGUAAUUAUUAUCGUCCAAUAAUACUUGAGAACGCUACUCCAGAUCAGGCGAAAUACGAAAAAAUAUGCGACGCACUAUCCUUGUUGGAUAAAUUUCUAGAAGGGGAAAACUACGUGGCAGGAAAAACUCUAACAAUCGCUGAUUUUGCGUUGGCCGUCAACGUUAAUAAUGUGAAGGCCUUGGGAUUCGAUAUUAAUAAAUAUAGCAACAUUUUGAAAUGGCACACCAGAAUGGAAACCGAGAUACCUAAAUACAAAGAGAUCGAUGUUGUUGGUGCAAAAUUAUUUAAAGAUUUUAUAGAGAACAUGAAAAAAAUCAAAUAAUUUGAUAUGGAUUCGACAAUUGAACAAUGGUUCAUUGGUGUUUUUUUACACUACUACAGUAUUUUUACAUAUUCUAAAUGUUGAUUUAGUACAAAUACAUUGUGGUUGUUAAUUGACAGAAUUGCAACUAAAGUGAUUGUAAUUUUAGAAAAAUAUAAAUAUUAAAAACCC